AUGGAAGAAGAUACUAGCCUGUUCCCUGAGGAGGAAUUGGAUGAUGGCCCGAAUUUGGACAACGAUAACACAGGUGGGUUAGAGGAUCCAGAAUUUGAGAUUGAAGCUCUUCCCCAGGAAACAGAUCUUGAUGCUGUGCUGGAAUACUGCUGUCCAGGGAAAGAACCAAAUACUAAUGCUGAGAAAACAAAGAUGAAAACAGCUGAGAGAGCUCGGGCUCUGCGCCUGAGAAGGGACCUGAACCACCUCGAUACAGUGCAUGAAGAGAAAGAGCUUUUAAUUCAGAAAACAAGAGGUGAGCUGCGUGCUUGCCGCCAGAGGAUCGACUUCAUCACCAGACAGCAGGCGGCCAUGGCAGCAGAAAUCGCCAAGGAGAAGGAGGCCAACAACAUUGCCGCAGUGGGGCGCCUCCAGGCCACCUGCAGCCGCCUGUGCACAGAGCUGGAAAAUGAGAGGGACCUGGAGUUGAAAAUCACCUCUACACUGAAGGAGAAUGAGUGA